AUGAACGAAGCUGGUUAUUGGCGGCGAUUGUUUAGAGCGGAUCACGUUCUGUUACGGUUAGCCGAUUUCGCAGACGACCCACCAAUCUUUAUAACGGUUCGAACUCGGACACGAGAAGGUGCAGUGUCUAGUGACUCGAACGUCUCGCGAGUGCCACGUGGAAUCUCACUGAAUCUGCCUUCAAGCACCAUUCAGCGCCCCACUCCCCUUGAUCUCCCCACUCAAAUGUCGGUGCCCUCAUCGAUGGUACAAUCGUUGGGACCGCUGGCAUUACCCGGUGCUACAGCCCAACCAACAGCCGGUCUUUUGCAAACUGCACCUACCACAGCAACCAUGGGCACUCUUGCAGAUCCAGCAACUGCCCUCUCGUUAGCCCAAUCCGCCUAUACGGGGGCUAUCCCGAUGGGAAGUGCUCAAGCUGCAACCGUCAUGCCUGGAAUGCAAGUUGCCUCGCUUCAA